AUGCCCCAAAUGCGCGACACAGCUCGCACGACACCAAACAACAUCCGGAAGAUUCCAGCACCACCGUCCAACGACCGAGCGCUCCGCAAUCGACCUCCACCCCAAACCCGUCCGCCGUCGCAACCAAACUCCACCCCCGACCCGGAUCCAGAAACCUCUCAAGCAUGCAAAACCCUAGAGCGUUUGCACCCAAAAACGCACGAACCUGAAGCAGAAGAAGCCGCUCAGCCACAGCAACGACGCCACCGAGCGCUCCUCCAAAUUCGACCCGCGCUAGCGACAAGAAUCAGGCAAAAAGGGAGAGGAAGCGCCAAGCACAGAAACGCAAACGCGAUUUCGAAAGAGGAAGCACCCAGCAGAGCUCCCAAGAGGGCGGCAAUGGUGCGGGAAGAGGGCGGCAGCCGGAAUGGCAGAGAGAGGGGAGGAGAAGCCAAGGCAAGUGCAAGUGCGGCCCUCGCAGAGCAGAACAGAAGAGAGCGCGAGAGAGCGACAAGGGCAGAGCAAGAGGGACGGGGGGCGAGGGCCGAGCCGAGAGUAGUCGGGCCUCGGAAUGCGACGAGACCAGGGAGAGCAGUAGAGCAAAGCAAAGCAACUGAGACGACGACGACACCCGCAUAG